AUGCAAGAAUUCUCCGUCUCCCGAACCCGCUCCCUCCUCCCUUUGACGCUCUACACCCUCGGCAUCGCCAUCGGCCCGGUCUUCAUCGCGCCCUUCUCGGAAGUCUUCGGCCGGAAGUGGAUCUACUUCGGCACAUGCACCUGUCUCCUGGCCUUCCUCGGCGGUUCCGCCGGCGUGGCCACCUUCUCGGGCCUCCUCGCCUGCCGAUUCCUCGCAGGAACCCUGGGAUCAGCCGGUAUCGCCGUCGGAGCGGGAACGAUCGCCGAUAUCUGGGGUCUCGGGGGCGGAGCCGGCGCUUCGCUGCUCUUCAUUCUCGGCCCCUUCCUCGGACCGACGUUGGGACCGCUCGCGGGGGCGUAUGUCCUCGAAGAUAGGGGAUACGAUUGGCGAUGGACGCAGUAUGUGCUGCUGAUGGUCGGAGCCCCGAUAUGGAUCGCCACACUCUUCAUGCGAGAGACUUCGAAAACAUGGAUCCUCAGGAGAGAGCUUGGUGACCAGCAGGAGAUCACCCUCUCACGAUUAGCUACCCUUGCAAAAGGCGCCGUGAUGCGUCCGACGAAGAUGCUCUUCACCGAGAUCAUCGUGUCGUCACUGGCCAUCUACUCGGCGUUCGCGUACGCCAUGAUCUUCAGCUACUUCGCCAGCUGCUCUUACAUCCUCCAAAAGCUGUACGGGUUCAACCUACGCGAAGUAGGACUGAGCUUCCUCAGCAUCAUCAUCGGAUACAUCCUGGGAACCAUGAUGUACGGUGUUCUCGACGCGAAGUUCAGGGUCCCCGCGCUCAAGGCCGGAACGGCGACGCCGGAGCAGAGGUUGUACGCUGCUCUUGUGGGCAGCGUGAUGCUUCCCGUUGGUCUCUUUUGGUAUGCAUGGGAGGCUCACGCAGGUGGUAAGUGGGCUGCUUUGGUCGCGGCCGGGAUACCGUUUGGAAUAGGAACAUUCUCUCUCUUCCUUUCUGUCAUUACCUACAUGGUAGACUUCUACGGCCCCAAGGCCGCCGCAUCAGCAUUGGCCGCGAACGGUAUUCUUCGAUAUAUCCUGGGCGCAGUCUUCCCGCUGUUCACGAUUCAGAUGUAUGAGAAGUUGGGUGUGCACUGGGCGGGAAGUGUGUUCGCGUUUCUUUCCCUGCCACUCCUACCCAUUCCGUGGUUAUUGUUAAAGUACGGGCCCCGACUGAGAGCACGAAGCAAUUUUGUGACUACGACUUCUUGA